AUGGUCGACGAUACCGACAACACCCAUGCCCUACAAGAGUAUUGGGAACACAACCGUAUAUCUGGUGAAGAUGAAUCAGACCUUGCCCACACCCGACGGAAGCCACGCGCCCUGUCUGAUGCUGCCGGCUUGCAUCCGACCAACCCUACUCUGUCUCAGCACCAUCCCGCCAUGUCCUUGGCCGAAAACCUCGAUGCCUUCGGUCCUCUUAUCUUCCCACUUCAGAGAGCUGCACUUCUCAAGAAAUCCAUCUUGAUCAUGUCUCCGGCACCCGUCCAAGCUGCCUGCAAUCUUGUCUACAACUUGUCUGUCCUAUCAAACAUCCCACCUUCGGCAGCCGACAUGGCUCGAGACAAGGAAGCCUUGUACCCGCUGAGGCCUUUGUUCAAUGUCGGCAUUCAUGAUAUAGACUACCUAUCUCAAUUGGCCACCAAGUCCAAGCCGCAAAACUCCUGGAUCGCAUGUAGCACCGAUGACAUCUUAGCAACCAAGACAAAACUUUUUGACGUACUUGUCGAAUUACCACCACAUACAUCUGACAAGUCUGCCACUAGACAAUGGCCCCAAAUCCGUACCUCUAGCGGUCAAGAAAUAAAGGCAACCCAGCGUGACCUGAGGCGCUACUACAUGCUCAAGCGAGAGCUGCACAGAGUGCAACAACAAAACCCAACAUAUCACGACGCAGAAGCCGAGCAGUCAAUCGAUGACAAUCAGAGUGAAAGCGCUCCACUGGUUCCAUCAAGCCAACACCAAAACAAUGACUCUGAACAAUAUAUCCAGCUUGAAGGAGAAACAAAAUUGGUCGAACGUUCUUCUUGGGCCUCGAUUGCAUAUACUAGUUUCCUCUGGUGGGCCUCAGCUGGAGAAAAAGAUACUCUGUUGAACGACGAGGCGUGUCAAGAUGCAAGAUUACUAGACAAUCUGCCUCUGCCAGCUCCGAGCAAGCACAAUCCGAGUAAUGGCAGGAGGCACUCUUCUGUUCACGACGAAGUGGAAGGGAUCGAUGUGGAGUCUCAAUCGAUGGCAGUACUUUUGAUAGCGUAUUCGCAUCGCCUUACUACACUGGUCAUGGAGACGCUGGCUGAGGUUGUCGAAGCUGCCGACGCUGAGGCUCAACACGGAGACGAGACUACGAUAACCAUCCACAGCGAAGACUUGAGAAGAAUGGGUUUGGAUGAAUGGAGCCAGAGUGAUGGAGAAUUUGUGAAAGAAAUGGCUGCACUGUAUUUUGGACGAGAACACGUCCAAACGGUCGGCCGGACAGUCGACCUUUGUGGCAUUCAUGUUUGUUAA